AUGACUGCGCAAAACAGUGGCCUUGAGCGACUUGCUUUUUUCCAGUUUCGACCUUUUCCCUUGCUGAAGACCUUCCGCAGGUGGCCCGCUUUCGUUUCCCUCACUACAGCCGCCAAGCUGUAUUCGCCACUUCUCCUUCGCUAUUAUAAUCAGAAAUACUGUCUACCCCGUAUAGCCCCAAAAGUCCUUGCAAGGCGUUGCCACGAUCGACACGCAAGUUACCUGAAAACUCAAAAUAUGGCUACUUCCACUCUUGCGAAACCGGAGGUCGCGACUCCUUGGAAGAAAAACCUAUCGGCUCACCUAGUUUGUCCCGAAUGCAAAGAGGAUCCUCCGAACCUGGAAUUCCCCGACUCCCACGAGACAGUUUGCGGUUCCUGUGGACUUGUUCUCGCAGACCGUGAGAUCGACUUGCACUCUGAAUGGCGUACCUUCUCCAACGACGACCAAAAUAAUGAUGACCCCUCCCGUGUCGGAGACGCCUCGAACCCUCUGCUCAACGGCGCGCAACUGGAGACUUCCAUCGCAAGCGGAGGAUCUGGCCGUGCCCGCGAUCUGUACCGCGCUCAAAACAAGCAGUCGGGGGAGAAGGCGAACAAGGCCCUCCUAGCAGCUUACAAGGAAAUUGGUGCUUUGUGCGACGGUUUCAACAUCCAGAAGACUGUCGCUGAUACCGCCAAGUAUCUAUUCAAGAUGGUCGAUGACGCCAAGGCCUUCAAGGGCAAGUCGCAGGAAGUCAUUAUUGCCGGUUGCAUCUUCAUCGCAUGCCGUCAGUGUAAGGUUCCUCGUACCUUCACUGAGAUCUUUGCAGUGACCAAGGUCACUCGGAAAGAAAUCGGUCGCAUCUACAAGGCUCUAGAGAAGUUUUUCACCACUCAGAACGUCGAGCGCCACAAUGCUGCUUUGGAAAAUGGCGAAACUCACGACUUUGCCGGCGAUUACAACGCGACUACUUCGACCAAGCCAAGCGAUCUUUGCAAUCGUUUCUGCAACCUUCUCGAUCUCCCUUACCAGGUCACCAGUGUUUCCGUCUCCCUUUCGGACCGCGUUACCGCCAUGGGCGACUUGGCCGGACGUUCUCCCCUGUCUAUUGUUGCGGCUUGCAUUUACAUGGCUUCGUUCCUGAUGGGCCACGGCAAGUCUGCCAAGGAGAUUUCCCAGGUUGCGCACGUCAGUGAUGGAACCAUUCGUGGUGCUUACAAGCAAUUGUAUGCGGAGCGCGAGCGCCUGGUUGACCCUGAAUGGAUCAAGGGCGGCAAGGGUGAUAUGGGCAAGUUGCCUGUGAGCUGA